AUGGAAUCGGUUCCGAUUGGAGAAGAACAACCGGAAGAAAAGGAGAAAUAUCCAUUGCCGGAUGUGGAAAAUUGUGCUACGGUCGAAACUGUUGCGUCAACUGAGUGUGCUGACAGCCGGAAAGAAGCUACUGGAAUGGAUGUAACGAACGCCGCCGAGACGAAGGAGGAAGAGAAGGAAAAUGCUAUCCCUCAGGGCCGGGCAGUGGCGGCAGAAGAGGCGAAGACAAGUCAAACUGCGGACGGAGAGGAUCGAUUGGAUGAACGGGAUUUCGAUACUUCACCGGAUAAAUUCAGCCCAUCGAUGGGCAACACCAAAGAAGAUGCUGUAAAAAGCCCCGAACUGGAGGUGUUCUCCAUCGACGAUGAGGAAGAACACGAAGAAGAGGAAGACGAGGAAGAGGAAAUGGAGGACGAAGAUGAGGAAGAAUACGACGAGAUGGAUGAGGACUAUGAAGUGUACGUCGAGGAGAAGGAAUCGGCCAAUCCGCACAACUCCAUGGACGACGAUGAUGACGACGACGGGUCCAAGUUAGAUCUCAGCACCGACGAAUAUACGGACGGGGAAACGGAAGAAAAAAUGGAACCAAAAUCUGCUAGCACAACGUUGCACAAAACGCCAUCGUCCGAUCUUGAGCAGGAUGAGGAGGAGGAGGAUGACGAUGUGCAGAUAAUAUCGUACGACGAGGAAAUUGAAGAGGAUGACCAAGAGGAAGAGGAGAUAGAGGAGGAAGAAGAUGAAGAUGAAAGUGAACUGGACGAGAAAGUGGAGAACGAGCAGCCGAAAAGUCAUGCGGAGAAACCGAAAUCCGAAUCCGGUAUCCGUCAUAGUCCACCAGGGUUUCCGGUGAGCAGUGUAAAGUAUCGCAACUAUACGCAGAAACAGGUGGCCAGCUUACGGCACCGAGCUAUUCGAAUAUUAAACAGGCGAAGCAUGCACGUUAUGGAAGACAAUGAUGAUGUGCGAGCGGUGUCUUCGGAUUGUAAAGUAACCCAACUAUCGACCGGUUUACAUGCUGUGUUCGCCACGCCCAAGCAGUCAGGGCUCGAGGAUAUACUUCUUAAAGCGCGGGAGAAACCCAGCCACGUUUCCGCUUCGACGAAAAAUCAGAACGAAACCAAAGACACCGGAAGUACUGCUGGCGGUGACAAAGGAGGUUCGAAGGUACAGCCAAAACACCCGGCAAGUGAUACGGCAGAAGUGGCUGAAAAGCCUGUCAACAUUAUCUCCAGCACGACCUCAUCCCGUUCGGACGACAAGAUGCCAACGGCAACGGCGGUCGAGGUGUCGGAGAAGAUUGCCGAUUCGAGCGAUGAUGCCGUUUCGGUGCUCUCGUCUUCAACGUCGGCAAAGAAAUCGGUGACUGCGAUUACGCCAACAGUAAACAGUUCCGCAAGUACGGAAGCAGCAGAACAAAACGCAAGAGCCACGGAUGAAAGCACAACCGACACGACGUCCAAGGCUAGUGCUGUAGCUAAAGAUGCAUCGUCCACUAAGGAAAAUUCUAGUUCGGUUGGUUUAGAUAAGCAGGAAAGCAACACUACUGAUACAGUAGAACCAAAUAGCCAAAAGGAAGCCAUUUCUUCCCCCACGGGCAAUACCGAGCCUACGGCAGAUGAUGUGAUGGCGGGGAUUGACGAUUUUAUGGAUCAUACGGGCAGUGAAGGUGAUGAGGAAAAGCAGCACGAGAAAGAGUUCAACGAAGAUCUUACAUUCCAGAUGGACGUUGAUCCACCCGUCGAAAAAAGCUCAUCGAUCUCGAGCAAGGAGAAGAGCGAGGAAAGUGCCAUUGACUUAACAUCUACCAGCGAGCAGUCGAAGGAGAAGGGCGAAGAAUCGUCGUCCUCUGAGGUGCAUUCAACUGAUCGUAUCUCAACAGGACCUCCAUCCUCGACAUUGGUAGCUGUGAGUUCAUCGAAAGAAGCACGUGUGGAUAUGCACGAUAAAACGGUUGUCACAUCCACACCCGUUACCAAUCAGAAGAAAGCUCAACAGAAGCGAUCCGAUCAAGAGCAGGAAGAUGCUUGCUCUUCACUGGAGGUAAAGCAAGAACAUGAACAAAAAAGCGAUGCAAAUGAAGCACAAAAUCUGUCCAAACAGCAAUCUUCUGAGGCUCGUGGCGAGGGCGACAGUGCACAUCCAGCACAGAAAGUAGUACAAUCGGAUACAUCAACAUCCACCAAUCGGAAACGUAGACGAUCCGUGGAGAUCGAGGCGGAUCGACAGGCGAGUGGCGGUGCUGACGCUGAAGAACCAGUUGAACCAGCGAAGAAGCUAAAGCUCGAAGUUGAAGCCAACUAUCAAACACAUGAACGGGUCGUAAAUGAUUAUAUCGACACGACUCAAAACACCUCGGUAGACGAGAUUCAAAAUCACACCGAUACGCUGGUGAAAGAAAUCGAGGCUCUGAACGAUAUGAUCCGUGAAACGGAGGUCAAGUGGAACAAUAUGCUACACCUGAAGAAGGUAAAGGAGGAGAUUCUGUUGCGGUUAAACCGCCGGAAGCACGUGAUCGGUAUUAUGGACACUCAGCUGGGUGAGGUGUCGGUAUUCAGUCAUCUCGAUUCGUCGAACCUGAGCAGUCAGCACCAGCAGCAGAGUGGCCGAUCGUCCUCUGUUGGUCCGCGACCACCAACACCCCCGCCGGAGGUCGAAAUUCGCCCUGCUUCCGUCACGAACUCGAUGCACUACGGUUUUAAUGCAUCGAACAGCGGCGGUGCCACGAACGGUGGUGACAAACAAGGUAACCAUUUCGGUAACCACUCUCGGAUCUCUAACCGACGCAGUAGCAGUAACUGCGUCCACACCAGCGCGAACACUUCCAGCAAAUCGCGUAACGCGAAGGAUACCAACAGCUUCGUGUCGCAGUUCAACAGCAGCAACAAUGCCGUCACAAUGGUACCACUGCCAAAUACGACUUCCAUGAUUAUGAAGGCGCGUGCCAGCAUGAACGCGGUCGAGCUGGAGAAGGAAAGGUCCACAGUGGAACGGAUCCAUCGGCAGAUCUUUUCCAAGCCGAUGCUUAGCAACCAUCAGCAGAUUCUGAACAAUCUAGCCAUGUCGGCCGGUUUGACAGGGUCGUCUGGUACUGCUAGCGGAUCGAACAAUUCCAGCACGGGGCUACUGAACGGCCAUCAUAAUCCUGGUGGGUCGAACUCGAGUGCGGCUAACCAACAGCAGCUCCAAAUCGGUCGACAGGGUAUGCGUAAGGACGUGAGCAGUAUUAUAGCGGACUACCGGCAGAAGCAUCCGGAGAAUGUACCGCGGCGCGGACGACGGUUGAAGAAUGUGGGUGGCAACGGUGCCAGCAACAAUGGCACGUCCGUGGGAAAUAGUAUCGGAUCGUUUGGGGAAGGUGGUGCCAUUAGUUUGACCGCGCUAUCCGGUGGAAAAUCUCCGUGCGAUGGAAAUGGGCGUUCCAACUCGUCGGUUAGUGUGUCGACGCGUAUAUCGGAACUUCUGGCAGCGGCCGAGACUUCGCGUCCCUCCAGCAAUGAUUCGAGCCAAAGCAACUCGAACCUGCUGUCGUCGCUGAUGUCCGCUUCCGGUGCGGCCAACAGCAGUCAGCAGUUCUUUAAGGAAGUGCUUGCCCAGUUUGCCAAGAUGAGCCAGAAUGAGCAGAGCUUGCUGUCGAACCUGCAGCUACUGUCCAGUAAUGCCACUCCCGGCGGUACUAACACCGUCUCGUCUCCGCAGCAGUCCCCGCAGCAGCAUCAGGCACACCACCAGGCUGGUAGCCUUCAUCAGCAACAAUCGUCCUUGCUGUCAAAGGCCUCCCUGCCCGAGGUGACACUGCAUCCAGUGUUGAAUUCAACUGCGCAUUCGGAUAUGCUGGGAGGCAAUGUGCCCCACGGUAACGGUUCACUGACCGGUGCGAAUCUGAGUGCGGUUAGCACCAGCACUAACUCGCUUCUGCAUGGAAUUCUUACCAAAUCGUCAAACCGGCCGGGCCAAACAACGUCAGCAGCAGUAGCUGCGGCUGUCGGAAAUUUCAAUACCUUUUCGCCAACGCUAGCCCGAUUGCUUACCGUACCGGAACGGAUGAAUACGCAGUCGUCCUCGACGGUAACAUCCGGUGCACUGGCUAACCUACAGACCAAUAGCCUCACUGGUGGAUUGAACCUGUCCAAGAACAGCAGUGAAAUAUCUAUCACACCCGUCGGAGGGUCCAAUUUCCAGCUACUUGCGCAGCAACAGCAGCAACAAUCACUGCAAAGGCUUCGUGAGCAGCAACUGUACAAUUUGGACGAUGAAGCCGAUGACAGUGCCGAUCGGCUGGUAAUCGAUGAAGGAGACGAUAUGGGCCAAAGGGAUUCUAGUGUACUGCACGGUGGCAAACGUCGCGGAGCCGAAAUAAACGAGAACGAAGUGCCACAAUGCCAGGGCUGCAAGAAACAGGAAGCUAAGUUUGUGUGUGCGGGCUGUGGCAAUCAGUGGUACUGUAGCCGAGCAUGUCAGGUUAACGCUUGGGAUGAUCAUUCGGAAGUUUGCAGUGGUUAA